AUGGAAGAAAAUAAGUUUAAUGGAUAUAAAAUUCAAACAUGCCUGGUCCUGGACAUAUUUUGCAGCACAAGUGGUGUGGACAUGCCAGGUGCUGACUACCAAAUCACCAAGUUGUUGGGUCUUAGGCCAUAUGUGAAGCGUUACACGAUGUACCAACAAGGUUGUUUCGCUGGUGGCACGGUUCUACGUUUGGCAAAAGACUUAGCUGAGAACAAUAAGGGUGCGCGUGUGUUGGUAGUUUGUUCUGAGAUCACUGCAGUCACUUUUCGUGGCCCAACUGACACUCAUCUUGACAGUCUUGUGGGUCAAGCAUUGUUUGGAGAUGGUGCAACUGUUGUUAUUGUUGACUCAGACCAUUUUCCUGUUGAGAAGCCUUUGUUUGAAUUGGUGUGCACUGCACAAACAAUCCUCCCAGACACUGAACGAGCCAUUGAUGGCCACCUUCGUGAAGUUGGACUCACUUUUCAUCUUCUCAAGGUUGUUCCUAGGCUCAUUUCAAAGAACAUUGAGAAGGCUUUGGUUGAAGUCUUUCAACUAGUGACGGAUCUAGGAAUUCUAAGUAGUGGGGGCAAUAUUUAA